GCUGGGAGCGCGUGGCGCCUUCAGGGUCGACCCCUCCUCGCGCUCUGACCCGCCGCCUCAAUGGGACUGUAAGAAGUGCAGGAGACACUUUCAGACAACAGGACACCCGAGGACGCUGGCUGCCGUCCCUUUGCCCACCUACAAGUGGUCCACCGCCAUGACUUCCACCACAGACUUCGACAAUGUGGAGAUCACGCAGCAGUACCGCAACAUCAACACUCGCUUUGAGCUCUGUGAUGAGGAGCUGGACAUGGACAACAGCUCGGCCAGGCUGUUCGAACGCUCGCGCAUCAAGGCCCUAGCAGAUGAGCGUGAGGCAGUGCAGAAGAAGACCUUCACAAAAUGGGUCAACUCAAUCCUGUCCCGAGUUGGCUGUCGCAUCUCCGAUCUGUACCUGGACCUGCGGGAUGGACGCAUGCUCAUCAAACUGCUGGAGGUGCUGUCAGGAGAACGACUGCCGAAACCCACUAAAGGCCGAAUGCGUAUCCACUGUUUGGAAAAUGUGGACAAGGCCCUGCAGUUUCUCAAAGAGCAGAGGGUUCACCUGGAGAACAUGGGCUCCCAUGACAUUGUCGACGGCAAUCAUCGCCUUAUCCUGGGGCUCAUAUGGACCAUCAUCCUGCGUUUCCAGAUCCAGGACAUCAUCGUGGAAACGGGCCAAGCAGACCAGAAGGAGACACACUCAGCUAAAGAUGCUCUUCUUCUGUGGUGUCAGAUGAAAACUGCUGGGUACCCGAAUGUCAACAUCACAAACUUCACUACCAGCUGGAAGGAUGGAAUGGCCUUCAACGCUCUCAUACACAAACACCGGCCAGAUCUGGUGGACUAUAACAAACUGAAAAGGUCCAAUCCGACCCACAACCUCCAGAGCGCCUUCAGUGUGGCGGAGCAGAAGCUCGGCGUCACCAAACUGUUGGACCCAGAAGAUGUUUUCACAGAGAAUCCAGAUGAGAAAUCCAUUAUCACAUACGUCGUGGCGUUUUAUCACUACUUCUCAAAGAUGAAGCAGCUCGCAGUCGAGGGAAAACGAGUUGGAAAGGUUCUGGAUCAAGCUAUCGAGACAGAGAAGCUGAUUGAUAAGUACGAGACGCUGGCGUCAGACUUGCUGACAUGGAUCGAGCAGACCAUCAUUGUGCUGAACAACAGGAAGCUUGCCAAUUCUCUGAGUGGAGUCCAGCAGCAGCUUCAGGCCUUCAACACCUACCGCACUGUCGAGAAGCCGCCCAAGUUCCAGGAGAAAGGCAAUUUGGAGGUGCUGCUGUUCACCAUCCAUAGUCGUAUGAGGGCCAACAAUCAGAGGGUCUACACCCCUAAAGAGGGAGCGCUGGUUUCAGAUAUCAACAGGGCCUGGGAGCGUCUGGAAAGAGCGGAGCACGAGCGGGAGCGCCUCCUGAGAGAGGAGCUGAUCAGGCAGGAGAAGCUGGAGCAGAUGGCCCGCAGGUUCGACAGGAAGGCCGCCAUGAGGGAGACCUGGCUUCUGGAAAACCAGAGACUGGUUGCUCAGGAUAACUUUGGCUACGACCUGCCUGCAGUGGAAGCAGCGAAGAAGAAGCACGAUGCCAUUGAGACGGACAUCGCAGCAUACGAGGAGCGCGUCCAGGCGCUGCUCAACAUCUCCAAAGAGCUGGAGUCGGAGCGUUAUCAUGACGCCAAGCGGAUCGAUGUGCGAAAAGACAACAUCCUCCGUCUGUGGGACUACUUGCAGGAGCUGCUGAGGGCUCGACGGGGGCGCCUGGACAUGAACUUGACUCUGCAGAGGAUCUUCCAGGAGAUGCUGCACAUCAUCAGCUGGAUGGAUGACAUGAAGGCUCGGCUGUUCUCCCCUGAUUUUGGAAAACAUUUGCUGGAGGUGGAAGACUUGUUGCAAAAACACGCUCUGUUAGAGAACGACAUCGCGUUGCAGGCAGAGAGAGUGCACGGUGCCAGCGCUGCUGCUCUGAAGUUUGCAAAUGGAGACAGCUAUAAGCCAUGUGACCCUCAGGUGAUCCGGGACAGGGUGCAGCAUUUGGACCUGUGCUACCGUGAGCUACGUUCGCUCGCCGCACAGCGACGAGCUCGACUGGAGCAGUCCCGCCGCUUCUGGAACCUCAUGUGGGAGGCGACUGAGCUGGAAAGCUGGAUCAGGGAGAAGGAGCACAUUUUCUCCUCCCUGGAUUACGGCAAAGAUCUGACGAGUGUGCUGGUCCUCCAGAGCAAACACAGCGCCUUCGAGGAUGAACUCAGAGCCCGUCACGCCAAUCUGGAGCAGAUCUUGGCAGAGGGGGAGAAGAUGAUUCAGGCCAAUCACUUUGGAUCCCCAAAGAUUCAAGAGUGCCUGGACAGCAUCAGACGACAGUGGCAGCAACUGGAGGAGCUGGCUGCGUUUCGAAAGCAGAAUCUGCAGGAUACCCAGACAUUCUUCCAGUUUCAGGGCGAUGCUGAUGACCUGAAGGCCUGGCUGCUGGAUGCCAAGAGGCAGAUGAGCAGCAGCGAUGCAGGUCAUGAUGAAUACACGACUCAGCGGCUGCUGAAAAAUCACAACAACCUGAAAAAUGAAGCGAUCAAGAAUGGAGCCACCAUCGAUGCGCUCUCCAAACAGGCCAACGCGCUGCCAGAGGAGCUGCAGAACACCCCUGACAUUCAGAGGCGUCUGAAAGACAUCAAGGACCUUUACAUGGAGCUUCUGACUCUAAGUGACUUGAGACAGCAGAAGCUGGAGGAUGCCAUGUCUCUGUACACCAUCUUCAGCGAGACAGAUUCUUGUGAGCUGUGGAUGAGCCAGAAGGAGACGUGGUUGGUGGGGUUAGAAGUGCCUGAGAAGCUGGAGGACUUGGAAGUGGUGCAGAACAGGUUAAGCAGUUUAGCUCAAGAUAUGGGAAAUGUUCAGGUGAGGGUGGACAACGUGAACAAAGCUGCGAAACAGCUCGAGGACAGCAGACACCCCCGCACCAAAGACAUCAAGGAAUGUCAGGAGCGACUGAACACCAGAUGGGAGGCCUUCAGGGCUAUGGUGGAGGAGAAGAAGAAGAAAGUCGAUUCUGCUGUUAGUCUGCACAACUAUGGACUGGAGUGUGACGAGACAGAAGCCUGGAUCAAAGAAAAGACCCGAGUCAUCGAGUCCACGCAGGAACUGGGUAAUGACCUGGCGGCUGUCAUGACCAUCCAGAGGAAGCUGUUUGGCAUAGAGAGAGAUUUGGCUGCCAUCAACACCAAGCUUACCUUCCUGGGGACAGAGGCUGAGCAGCUGGCUCAGGACCACCCGGAGAAUGCAGCAGAGAUCUUGUCCCGACGAGGAGAACUGGACAGAGCCUGGGACAAGCUUAGGAAGACCCUUAAAGACAGGGAGGAUUCUUUGGGCGAAGUCAGUAAGUUACAGACCUUCCUUCAAGACAUGGAUGACUUCCAGUCUUGGCUUUUUAAGACCCAGAAGGCUGUGGCUUCUGAGGAAAUGCCCACCUCUCUGCAAGAAACAGAGGAGCUGCUGAGUCUUCACCACAACGUGCGUGAAGACAUAAACAACCAUGAAGAGGACUACCACCGUGUCAGGGACACUGGAGCUCAGGUCACGCAGGGUCUGGAGGAUGAUCCUCAGUACCAGCAGCUCGAGGAGAGGCUGAAAGGUUUGGAUCGCGGCUGGUAUGAGCUCCAGAAGAUGUGGGACAGUCGCAAGAACUUGCUCGACCAGGGUCUGGGUUUCCAGCAGUUCCUGAGGGAUGGCAAAGCUGUGGAGGCCAUCCUCAACAAUCAGAUGACAGAGAAGCAGGUUCGUGAUCGGGCCCGGGAGCUGGAGGAGCUCCAAGAAGCAGUCAGGAGGCACGGCGGGGGGAGGGACGACCAGUCGGAGCUGGAGGCCGAGCAGCAGGUCCUGCAGACGGAGUUCCAGCAGCUCCUCACUCCUCUAUCCCAGCGCAGGAGCCGACUGGAAGCAGCCAGAGAUGUCCAUCAGUUCUGCAGAGACCUGGCCGACGAGCUCCUCUGGAUCGAGGAGAGGAUGCCUCUGGCCAUGUCACAGGAGCACGGCAACAACCUGCAAACUGUUCAGAUGUUGCUGAACAGGAACCAGACGCUGCAGAGAGAGAUUGAGGGCCACCAGCCUCGAGUUGACGAAGUCCUUGAGCGCGGCGGGAGGAUGGCCUCCGGCGCAGAGGACAGGUUGGAGGAAGAGCGGAUCACGGAGCAGCUGGAGGAGCUGCAGGAGGCCUGGGCCCGGCUGCAGGAUGAACUGGACCAGCGCAGAGACAGGCUGAAUGGCUCCAGCUUGGCCCAGCAGUAUUACAACGACGCCGACGAAGCUGAAGCCUGGAUCUGGGAGCAGGAGCUCUACAUGAUCGCUGACGAGAAGGCCAAGGAUGAACAAAGCGCGAUGCUGAUGCUGAAGCGCCACAUGAUCCUGAAGCAAGGCGUGGACGAUUACGCCGACUCCAUUCAGACGCUGGCUGAGCGAGCCCAGAAGAUGUUUGCAGAGGACCAUCCUGACGGUGAGGAGAUCAUGGGGCGUCAGGGCCAGGUAGAUAGACAGUAUGCAGGUCUGAGGGAACUGGCAGAGGACCGCAGGAAGAAGAUGAACCACGCCUACCAUCACUUCCUGCUGAGCAGAGAGGUGGAGGACCUGGAGCACUGGAUCGCAGAGAAAGACGUGGUGGCCUCCUCUCAGGAGAUGGGUCAGGACCUGGACCAUGUCACGCUCCUGAGGGACAAGUUCAGAGACUUUGCACGGGAGACGGGGAUGGUGGGUCAAGAGCGAGUGGAUUUCGUCAACCAGACGAUCGACGAGCUCAUCGAAGGUGGACACAGCGAGUCGGCCACCCUGGCAGAAUGGAAGGACGGCGUCAACGAGAGCUGGGCUGACCUCCUGGAGCUCAUCGACACCCGCGCUCAGCUCCUAACGGCGUCUUACGACCUGCUCAAGUACUUUGAUGAUGGAAAGGAGCUGGUGGCUCAGAUCCAUGAGAAGCAGAAGGAGCUGCCUGAAGACGUGGGAGAAGAUUUCAGUAAAGCUGAGUCCUUCCACAGAAUGCACGCCGCCUUCGAGAGAGACAUCACUGCUUUGGGCAAACAGGUGCAACAGUUCCAGGAAACAGCCUCACGGCUUCAUGCUCAGUAUGCUGGGGACAGAGCAGACGCCAUCCGGACCACUGAGAAGGAGGUGGUAGAUGCCUGGAAGGGUCUGCUGGACGCCUCUGACGGCCGCCGAACACAGCUGGUGGACACGGCUGAGAAGUUUCGCUUUUUCAGCAUGGUGCGAGACCUAAUGGCCUGGAUGGAGAGCAUAAUCCAGCAGAUAGAGACUCAGGAGAAGCCCAGGGAUGUGUCAUCUGUGGAGUUGCUUCAGAAGUACCACCAGGGGAUACGCUCGGAGAUUGAAACCCGGGCAGCAAAGUUCACACACUGCAUAGACCUCGGCAAGUCUAUGCUGAGCCGCAAGCAUCGAGACUCUGCUGAGGUCACAGAGAAACUGGUUCAGCUGAUUGAGAAAAGGAAGGAAAUGAUGUUCAAGUGGGAUGACAGAUGGGACUGGCUCCGACUUUUGCUGGAGGUGUGUCAGUUUGCACGAGAUGCUUCUGUUGCCGAGGCCUGGCUCGUUGCUCAGGAGCCGUACGUGGCCAGUAAGGACCUGGGUCACACCGUGGACGAGGUCGAGAAGCUCCUCAAGAGGCACGAAGCCUUCGAGAAGUCCACAGCCACCUGGGAGGAACGAUUCUCUGCGCUGGAGCGCCUCACCACCCUUGAGCUGUUGGCGUUGAGGAAGCAGCAGCAGGAGAUGGAGCAGUUUAUGAAAGAUGAACGCUCAGAGAAAGACAGCAGGAGAGAAGACACGGGCUUCGUAGAAGAGUCUUCACAGCUGUGCACCACGGAGGAGCACACUCUGUCUGGAGCGGUGGAGCCAAGUCUGAGUCAGCUGGAAGGAGCUGCUGGGGAACCCACGGUGCCCAUUGAUUCAGAAAUGAGGGCAAGUGUCUCUCUGGAGCUGGACCCCCCGGUCUCUGUUAUUCCAGAGGAGGCUGAGAGGGCGGCCACCAUGCCCACGGCGCCCCUGCCAUCCCAGAUAAUACAGGAGGGCAUGCUCUGCCGCAAACAUGACGUGGAGGGCUCUGGGAAGAAGGCGUCCAACAGGUCCUGGAACAACUUGUACUGUGUUCUGAAGGCCGGGCAGCUCUCCGUCUAUAAGGAUGCUAAAGGUUUUGGGCACGGGGGGACGUAUCAUGGGGAGGACCCUCUGUCCCUCGGAAGCGCCAGCUGGGAGAUCCUCACCAACUACAAGAAGAAGAAGCACGUUGCCACGCUUCGUCUUGCAGACGGCAGUGAAUAUUUGUUCCAGUGUAAAGACGACGACGAGCUCCAGCGCUGGAGCCAGGCCAUGGAGCAGGCCGUUCACACAGCAGAGGAGGCACCGGGGCCCUCAGGGGCCACAACCCACAGCCUGCCCGCCCCCGCUGCGCCCCCUGAGCCCAGCUCUGCCAAGAAGGACAAGGAGAAGAAGUUCAAUCGCUUUGCCAAGAAGAAGUGAAGCUGGAAGGCCAUCAGGAGGGAACGUCGCCAUGGCAACCUGGAUGGAAGAGAACAGAUGUGUUCGAUGUUUUUACCACUAGAUGUUUUUUAUAUUGUAGGACAAUAAAUCUUAGAGUUUACGUAGAAACACGCUGUUGCCUGUAUGUAAGCCACUUUUCAAAGGUCUUUUUUUCCCUUCUGUGUGUUCUUUUAAUAAAUUCAAACAUCAAUUAAAGCACAGGAAUGCUUCACACUCAACCAAA